UUCCACCCUCCCAGCCAGACUGCGGCAUCGAGGGAGAGACAGUGAUUGGGAACAACAUCCAGCUGACCUGCAAAUCAUCAGAGGGCUCCCCAGACCCACAAUACAGCUGGAAGAGCUACGACACCCUGAACCAGGAGCGGCCACUGGUCCCACCAGUCACAGACCAGACCGUCUUUCUGAAAAACAUCUCCACAGAUACAUCAGGCUACUACAUUUGCACUGCCAGCAAUGAGGUGGGGACGGCAUCCUGCAACAUCACUGUGGCCGUCAGACUUCCUUCCAUGAAUGUGGCCCUGUAUGCGGGCAUCGCAGGAGGUGUGGUUGCAGCUCUUAUCAUCAUUGGUGUCAUCGUCUACUGUUGCUGCUGCCGGGAGGACGACAAAACUGAGGUCAAGGACACUGAAAGGCCGAACCGGGCAGCUUACCAGGAGCCGCCAGAGCAAUUGAAAGAACUUUCCAGAGACAGGGAAGAGGAGGAGGAUGACUACAGGCACCAGGACCAGAGGAGCUCUGGGCAUGAAUCCCCUGAGCCCAGCCAGUGA